GGAAAUCUGCAUUAUAUUCACACUCUCAGAGGACACCAAAUAGACUUCAUAAGAUUGUGUCGAAGGAUACACGCAAAAGAACAAUGACUUGCUGUUUCGUGAUCGUUCGCUAUUUGCUAUUGGUUGCACUUGUAUCACAACAUUUUGUCAUCGGUCAACAAGUACCGGCAAGAAAAAUACACGUGCACAGAGCACUACUUUUUGAUAGAGCACGAAAUUUCACUCUCGACAAUGGAUCGGACUCUACCUACGAUGCACAAGUGAACUACUUGACUGAAGCCUCCAUGCUGGAUGGUCUUCGUAUACAUUACUGCUACGUCAAUGUUAAAGUCUUCAAGAGUUCAGCACUUAAGUACCCGGCAAAUAAUGUGUCUGUGUUUGCGCUAGUUAUAGACCCGACGCACUCGGACAAUAACAUUAAUUUCACGGGCUAUACAGAAGCCCAAACUGAUAUAAACGGUAACGCAUGUGUUCGAACAAUAUGUAGAAAAAAUGCUAUAAUAUUUGUCGAUACUGGAAUCGAGCGCUUACAUAUAGCUGCCAAUCAAUUGAUGCCAAGUCAAUUAAGCAGUACGUCAUUAAGUGCAACCGAAAUACUGUUAAAAAAAAUAUAUCAGAUUCCAGCUUUCUUUCAUCCGCCUGGUCCUGUUUAUACAAAAGGCUUUCUUCCUGAGUGCAAAAAUCCACAGCCAUUAGCUUAUUACAUCGGUUUUCAUUUCCUUGGACCACCGGAUAAAUUCGAAGAAAACACAAAUGCAUCAAAACUCUCUUACGACGAAUCGUGGUACCCACUACGUGAGGGCGAGUCUGGAUAUAAGGUCUGCUACAUCAAGGUCAAGGUCCAGACACCAUUCUAUAACGUCAGUAUCAAACUGGAAAGUUACAAUAACCAAAGUAACUUCUAUUACGGAAGUAUGACGUCAGGACCAAAAGAAGACCCAAAGGCUGGCAAUAUUUUGAAUAGAGCGGCAUGUAUAGAAUACAGAUGCCCCUAUGAAGAUCCGAGCAGUGGGAAAAUCAUCGCUACGAGAUUAGAAGGAAAACUGACAGUUCCUAGAUCAGUUUCUUGCAGGAAAAGUAAUAUUUCACCGGAUUUUCAAUCGGGCGGCUUCAAUAUAACCAACUCUAACUUUGAAAUAUCCUUGACACCUCAUGAUGAUUAUGGGCCGAAUGCUGGUAUAUAUUUUAAUAAAGUCCGAAAGGUUGCUAAGUCACUUUGCUUUACCGGGGCCAAUGAUAUAAUUGACAAUUACGAAAUGAACCCAGAUACAGGCUAUGCCUUUCAGUUUACAUGUGAGGCGAAUUUACCGUCUGAUAAUUUAGUUGGCUGAUUGAGUUUGUGUGUACUUGUACAUGUAAUUUAAUGAACUUGUUAAGAUUCAUUAAUAUUUCAUACGCGAACCCAUAUUCAAUUUA